CAGCUCCUGACUGUUUUGAUUCGGAGUUUUUGUCGUAUAUCUGCAUCCGCUAGUUAAUCGAGUACGAGUGCGAGAUUUGUGAGUAUUUUUCCAAGUCCUCUAAACAAAUUAGUAAACAUGAAAUCAGUUAGUGUGUGCGCCGAAAACAACAUUCCCAGUGUUGUGAAUGGGAAAGUGACCAAAACGAAGAAGGACAUUGAAAACGAGGAGAUCCAGAUGUACCUCAGCAAACUGAAAGAUUUAGUUCCUUUCAUGCCAAAAAACCGAAAGUUGUCAAAGUUGGAAGUCAUUCAAUACGUGAUUGAUUACAUUUGCGAUCUCCAAAGCGCCCUUGAAACUCAUCCUGCCGUCAACACUUUUGAUGCUGCUACCGUUCUCAGUCAGAAAAAGUCCCAAGGAACCACCAAUCCUCGACAGCCCUUAGGAGUUCGGGCGAGUCCUAAUACUAUCCUAUCGAGUGAAUCAUCUGUGUUACAUUCAACGACGCAAGAUAAAAUAUCAUCAACUUCAGAGACGAUGUCAGUUACCUGUUAAAUUUCGCAAACUUCCAUGUUUUAAUGGUAGUGUCCAUUCCGGUUGGUCGCCAACAAUCGACAGGGACGAGCAGUUAAUCUAUUGAACUGUAAUAUUUCACCUCAUUUAGAAUGUAGACUUCGACUGAGAAUAUUCGUAUUUAUGAAGGGCGAGCAUAACUCGAAUUAUAAAAAUGGGUUUAUUUUCAAGAGGGAAGGAAAAAAUGGAUCGGAAACGAGAAGAGGGAGUGUUCUGGAUCUAGUGAUGUACCUGUUUCAGUUGCAAUUGUUAAUAGGUUUAUUUUAUUGUUUGUAUGAUUUACAGGGUGUUUGAAGGUUUAAUUUACGUUGUGGCGCUGUAGAGAAAAUUGUAUAUUACGUCACAAAUUUAUGGGAUGAUGUUUUUUAUGAAUGAUUUUUUACUCUGUGAUUUUCUUACGAUUAGUUAUAGAUAAACUACUAUUAUGUACAAAUAAAAAACUUUUGUAAGAUACUUUCCAA